AUGCCCAGGGCUCAGUUGCCUGAGGACAGCAGUGCAGUUGACAUGGAUAUUCUCUUUCCUCUGGACGGUGUUAUUGGUACAGAGCUGUGCUCCAGCCCCAUUCCCCAGAUCAUCCAUUUCAUCCUCUUCAUUGUGUUUAGCCUGGUGAUCCUGAUCAUCUUACGCCCCUACAUUCCCAGGGAGCCAUCCUCAGUGCCUCCCAGAGAGGAGAACAGCGAGAACGGUCAAGCUGAAGUGAGGGGGUGGUUCAGGAUCAGAAAUAAAUAUACCACUUUGAAAGAUUGCAGAGUUCUCUUGAAAGAACUGGAGAACCUUGAGGUCUACACUCUCCUGUCGAAAAAGUGCCUGAAGAAGCUCUCUAGGGAGGGCAGCUCCCAUCACCUUCCACGCCAAGUCCGCCCAGGGCCAGUGUACAAACGAGCAUCUGCUAGGAAGCACCGGCCACGUGGGGUGCGUGGGAAAGCUUCUCCCACCAGCUUCCAUGUGUCCCCACGGGCUUCCCCAGCUCCUCUGGCCUCCAUGCCGACAUCAGUCCCAAAGAUCGUAGAGUCCUUGGGGUAUCUGUCAUCCCUGAGCUCCUCCCAGGCAUCAGAGGCUUUUCGUCCCCUGAAGCACCCUUCACACCGGCCACCUGUGAGCACCCUAUCACCAAACCCGACCACCUCCGCAGAAUCCUUGGGGUACCUGUCAUCCCUGAGCUCCUCCCAGCCACCAGAGCCUUUGCGUCCCCUGAAGCACCCUUCACACAAGCCACGUGGGCGUUCCCCUCCCCCACGACGGAAUCCUGGCUGGGUGUCCUGGACCGACUCCACACAGGCUGAUUCCGAAACUGACGCCAUAAUAUACCUAAUGUGCAAGGCCCCUGAGCACUCCUGUCUACACAGCUGGUGGGUGCCUUCUAGCCCUGAGCACUCCUGUCUACACAGCUGGUGGGUGCCUUCUAGCCCUGAGCACUCCUGUCUACACAGCUGGUGGGUGCCUUCUAGCCCUGAGCACUUCUGUCUACACAGCUGGUGGGUGCCUUCUAGCCCUCGAGUGAUCCGAGGCGUUGGUCGCCGCAGUGAUCCCGACCUGGUCCUCUCCUGGAGGCAGGAGGCUGCUAGAGCCUGGUGCCACUGCACCUCCUCACAGUUCCCAUUCGAGCACCCUAAUCUUCCCACCCACCUACCAGAGGCUUCCUUCUAGGGAGACCCCACAUGCAGGCAGGUGGAGGCAGGGCUCACACUGGCCUCCAGGGCUGUGCAACUGGCACAUUAUUUUGCACAUAACUUGGGUCAGGUUUGUGAGGUCUGAUUUUUAAAAUGAAGCAACAAUCACAUAAAGAUUUUCAAACAAAUAA